AUGCCUUUGUUUGCUGCCGGGGCUGCGUGCGUGGCAAUUCCAUUGGCACUCAUCUAUAUCGGGUACUCCGUCCUCCUCCAUCCGCUACGAGGAUACCCUGGACCAUUUCUAGCCAAGUUCACCGAUGGCUACGCGGGUUGGUACGCCAUCAAGAAAUGUCUCCAUCUUGCUACUUAUAGAAACCAUAUUGAAUACGGCACAGUGGUCAGGCAAGGGCCAAAUAGACUCGUGUUUAACACCGCAAAAGCCUUGCAAGACAUAUACCUAAACCAAGGGGUCACCAAAGCCCGCUCCUAUGUAUAUUCGCGUAUGAACAACCGGGCUAGUAUUUUCAAUGCAUUUGACAAGAGAGAUCACCGCAGACGUCGCGCUGUCAUUGGGCAUGCAAUUUCGGAGCAAUCGAUGCGGAAAUUUGAGCCAACUAUGAUGUCGCAGGUUGAUAUCUUCCUUGAUCAAUUGAUUAAGGCCAGCCAGGAUUCUGGUAUUGUAGACAUGACGCCAAGUUGCCAACGUCUUGCCAUCGAUGUAGUUGGUCAUCUCGCGUUUGGGUCCAGUCUCAACACACAAACGGAGGAAAAGAUGCGUUUCCUGCCGGACUCCAUGACGACGCUAAACGCUCGUCUCAACUUAUUUAUGACAUGGCCCCUCAUCGCCCAGACCGAUCCUGGUAUCAAGUUCGUGUUCAAGAAGCGAAUUGAGAGACUUCGCAGUGCGUUAGCAGGCAUGAUUAAGGACCGCAUGGCCCUACCGAGAGAUGCAAAGCAUGAUCUCUUCUCGAUAGCGACGAGAGAUGAGUCAGUCAAGCAUUUCGGACAGGAGGGUCUCCGUGACAGCGAGCUCUGGGCCGAAGCAGGAAUUUUCUUCACUGCAGGUGGUUCAACCACAGCGACGGCAAUCGCUACUAUUUUUUUCUACAUCUCUCAACAUCAUGAAGUCUACAAUAAGCUUGCUUCUGAGAUUCGGUCUUCAUUCACUUCAGGCUGCGAUAUACAUGGCGGGCCGAAGCUUACAGGAUGCGAAUACCUUCGGGCAGUAGUUGACGAGACACUCAGGAUCACACCCCCUUCAGCAGGAACACUCUGGCGUGAGCAAGAUCAUUCCCCGCAAACUGGAACACAGCCAUUUAUUGUUGAUGGACAUGUGAUUCCUCCUGGGACCGCCGUAGGUGUGAACACAUAUAGUAUUCACCACAACGAAGAGUAUUUUCCUGAGCCGUUCAAAUUUCUCCCCGAACGUUGGGUCGUCUCAGAAACGAAUACGAAAGAAAAGCUCGAGACCAUGCGCCGUGCAUUUAUCCCCUUCUCUAUAGGCGAAAGGGGCUGCGCAGGCAAGGCCAUGGCCUACCUUGAGAUUAACCUAGUCAUAGCUAAAACCCUAUGGUAUUUUGAUUUUAAGAGAGCAUCCGGCCAUGCCGGCACCUUGGGAGCCGGACAGCCUGGUCGGACUGACGGUCGAGAUAAGCCGGAUGAGUAUCAGAUUGAUGACAUCUUCACAGCGGAUCAUAAGGGGCCGAAUUUGGUUUUCACACGCCGUGGCAACUACUGGGAAGAGCUCUGA